AUGUAUAUAUUUGUCUAUCUAUUCAUUAUCUGUCUAUCUGCUCAUUGCUUAACUGUGCAUUAUCUAUCUAUCUAUCUAUCUAUCUAUCUAUCUAUCUAUCUUAUUCUGUUCAUUAUCUAUCUAUUUCAUCAUUUUUCUGUCUUGGUCCCUUCAUUAUCUAUCUAUCUAUCUAUCUAUCUAUCUAUCUAUCUAUCUAUCUAUCUAUCUCAGUCUGCUCAUCUAUCUAAUCUGCUCUUAUCUAUCUAUCUAUCUAUCUAUCUAUCUAUCUAUCUAUCUAUCUAUCUCAGUCUGUUCAUAUCUAUCUAUCUAUCUAUCUAUCUAUCUAUCUAUCUAUCUAUCUAUCUAUCUAAGUCGGCUCUUUAUCUAUCUAUCUAUCUAUCUAUCUAUCUAUCUAUCUAUCUAUUUCAGUCUGCUCAUCUAUCUAUCUAUCUAUCUAUCUAUCUAUCUAUCUAUCUAUCUAAGUCUGAUCUUUAUCUAUCUAUCUAUCUAUCUAUCUAUCUAUCUAUCUAUCUAUCUAUCUAUCUAUGUCAGCCGAAACAAGUGAUGACCUCUUACACCUUCUUCUGCAAUCAUCGUGAGAAAGAAAACUUACCUCUUUCUUUUGAACGAUGGAAAAAAGGUCCUAAAUUAUCUAUCUAUCUAUCUAUCUAUCUAUCUAUCUAUCUAUCUAUCUAUCUAUCUCACGCCCGUCGCUGUCACCACUUUUCCCCACACACCACAAAUCACCGUAGACCUCUCACUCCACGAUCGAGCAAAAGAGAAAUUAUUUCCUUAUUGAAAUGCAUAAGUUCAUUUUUUAGGCAAAAUGACCUAUCUACAUCACGCUAUUCAUAUCGAUCACAAACUAUACAUAUCUAUCGCACAUUACACAUCUAUCUAUCUAUCUCUUACUUUCUCAGUUUCUAUCUAUCUAUCUGUUUUCUCAGUUUCUAUCUAUGUAUCGAUCUAUGUAUCUAUCUCAGUUUCUAUCUAUCUAUCUAUCUAUCUGUUUUCUGUUUCUAUCUAUCUAUCUAUCUGUUUUCUCAGUGUUCAUAUCGUCUCCAAUCUAUCUAUCUAUCUAUCUAUCUAUCUAUCUAUCUAUCUAUCUAUCACAGUCUUUUUCAUUAUUUCUCACUAUCUGCUAUGUAUCUAUUAGUUUUAAACACCGAUGUUAGAUCGACAUUUGUAUUCUGUUGCUUUUCAAUUUUACGUUUUUUUUUUGCUACUGACUUGUCUUCGCGUUGA